GAUUGGUGGUCUGAAGGAAGGCAGGAGACUGACUGGGACUUGGACAGACGCACUGGGAUCGCUGGCUCUCUCCCAGUCAGGAGACCAGACGCUCUGCUGGAUAUGCUGGAUUUUAUAACCGGGGUACUGGAUGAGGAGUCAGGACCAGAUUUGGGUUUGAACAUGGAGUUUGUUCCUAGAUUCCUCGAAGGGACUAUCUGCUGCUUCAGAGGAAAAUGGGGAGAGUGCAACAAUGAAUUUGAACAUUCACUCUAGAAUUUUUGAAAACCACUUGAAUAUUGCCACACUAUUAGCGUCUUGUAUUUACUUUGUAACUUUUUUUGUAACUCUGGAUCAAGUGGAAUAUUAUUUUCUAAAUAAGAUCAGUGGUUUAUUUCAACUGGAGACUACACUGGCUUAGAGAUGACUGGAGCUCUGCGUACUGGACUCAUGCUCUUCUCUUUUGUGGUGAUAUGUGAGAGUGAGCCAACAAAUUCUGGGCCAGACAGAGUGGGAGUUUCACAUGGACAAUUAAAACUGGUCCAUCUAACUUCUUAUCGGGCCUUUCAUCUGGUUAAUGACUCGCUGGCAUUCUCCAGAGCCGACAGAUUCUGCAGGGGCCAGUUCAGCUCCCUUGUCACCGUAGAACAUUCAGAGGACAGAGAGGGAGCCUUGGAGUUGUUUCGCCAGACUGGACAUCGCUCGCCUAUCUGGGUCAGGGAUCCCAGCAAGGCAGCCUCCAAGCCUGUGGCCCUCUCCAAACAGUAUUUACAGUUCUCAGCUCUAAACUUCCCAAGGGAAUCCCGUGAGGGCUUUGCUCGUGUCAACAUGUCCUUUCCCUCCCUGUCAUCUGUCAGUGUGUGUGUUCGAGUUCAGUGGAACCCAGAGUGGAAUGAGGUGUCCACCAUCUUCUCCUACGCUGCACCUGUGUUCACCAAUGAGUUCCAGCUAAGGGGCCAAGUGGACAUGCAGGGACGCAUCCUUCUGGCCCUCAUCAUCCACGGGAAGCACCUGCCAUAUAAGGCGUCCUUCCCCAACGACGGAGCUUGGCAUCACAUCUGUGUUACGUGGCGCAGGAGCAGCGGCCACUGGGCUAUCUAUGUGGAUGGGGACAGGAAGGACAUGGGCUCAGGCACAGACACCUCCAGGAAUAUCUAUGGGGAUGGGAUACUCAUUCUGGGUCAGGAUCAAGAUUCAUUUGGAGGAAAUUUCACAGAGCCCUUUUUUGGAAAUAUCACUGACCUGAAUGUUUGGAAUAUGUCUCUGGAAACAAGGCAUGUCAGUGCCAUCAACGUAUGUUCACCCAAGACCCAUGAAGUGCUUUUUAAUUGGAAUCUUGACCACCUAAGCAGCCACCCAGUGGUCAAAGAGGUGCAGGUCCUACUGUUUUGCCCAGCAUUGCACCAGCAGAUGGAGCUGCAGGGCUGCAGGACCCUGCAGGGCUGGUCAGAUCAGCUCCCACUGUUAGGCCUGACAGACUGCUCUGAUCCACUGCCAUUCAUCUGCAUGAGCAGCAGAGAGCGUUACCUGAAGAUGAAGCAGAUGAGUGAUUCUCAGAACUCCCAGCCCACAGCCUUUAUGAACCACCUGAUGAAGCUUUCCAACAAAACCCAGACAUUGCUGGGGCAGCAGACGUCAGGGCUGAGCAGCCUGGCCCAGGCGUCUGCCCUGCUGGACGUCUCGGUCCAGGCCUUGGAGGACACACAGCAGGAGGGACUGCAGCCAACAGACAUGGUGUCCCUCAUCCAGCUGCUGUCUCUGGCUGCUGAUGUCCCCACACAGCCACUAACUGAUGCCACCAACCACAGCCGGUACACCAUCCAGGAGCUCAGCCAGCACUUCAUCAGUGUAGCCGACAGCAUCAUCAGUGAAGACAACGCUCUCAAGUGGCAGGCCAUCAAAGAGGUGGUGAACGGCCCCAUGGAUGUGGUCAAGACUAUCGACCGCAUGGUGACCAGCCUGAGCCCUCGCUUGAUGGCAGAGACUGAUCACCUGACUGUUCACAGACUUAACAUCAAACUGGAGGUGCAGCAGCAGAGGCUGCAGGAAGGAUCCAGAGGAUCCAGCUUCUGUGGGCCGGAGACAGAGAAACACACCAAGCUCGACUGUAUUUCAGUCCCACAUCAGAAGAUACAGGAUCUCCAUAACAACGGCUUCCAUAAACUCACGUUGGUCAACACGUGGUACGGCUCUCUGCGGCCUCUUUUCAAUCCUGAGGAGAACAUCACCAUGGUUCCUACCGUCACUGAUGGCAGCCAGAGGUAUUUGGGCACCGUCCUGGGCUCUUCUGUCAUAUCCACCACAGUGCUGGGAGAUGACCAGCCAGUUAGCACAGCAGUUCGCUUCCAGCUCCAGCACAGAGUUCAGAAUCCCACUGGUACUGUGUAUGAUCCAGUGUGCGCCUUCUGGGAUUUUGAUCUCAAUCCAGAGGCUGGUGGAUGGUGGAAUACCAAAGGCUGUGAUGUAGUGUCCAAACAAUAUGGAUACACUGUGUGCUACUGCAACCACACCACCAAUUUUGCAUUGCUGCUGCAAGUUUAUGAAGCUCAGAGGAGCCCAGAAAAUGAAAAAGCUCUGCAGGUGCUGACGUUCAUUGGCUGUGGAGUGUCUCUCUGUGGCCUCCUCUUCACCUUCAUCCUCUUCAUCGCUGUGGGUGUUCCUAAUUCAGACCGUACCACUGUCCAUAAGAACCUGAUUGUUGCUCUGGCCAUCGCUGAGCUGCUGUUGAUGUGCAGUGACUGGGCGUCUGCCAAUGAGGCAGCAUGCUUUGUGGUGACUGCACUACUCCAUCUCUUCUUCAUGGCCUCUUUCUCUUGGAUGCUGGUGGAGGGACUGCUGCUCUGGAGCAAAGUCGUGUCUGUCAACAUCAGCGAGGACCGCAGGAUGAAGCUCUACUACAUCAUUGGCUGGGGACUACCUGUUCUAAUAGUUGGUGUAACAUUGGCAGUAUCAGUGGAUGAGUACAAGGCAGAGGAUCACUGCUGGCUCAAUGUGAAGACUGACACAAUCUGGGCCUUUGUGGGACCUGUUAUAUUUGUCUUGGCGGUCAAUGCAGUUGUGCUGUGUCGGGUUGUCAUGGUGACCGUUGCCAGCGCUCGUCGUCGUGCUAAGAUGCUCAGUCCAAGCUCGGCAUCAAAGAUGCAGACCUUUGACCUCACCUGGGCUGUGACCCGUCCAGUUCUCAUCCUGCUGCCAGUGCUGGGUCUGACCUGGCUGUGCGGAGUGCUGGUCCAUCUGUCGGUAGUAGUCGCCUAUGUCUUCAUCGCUCUCAAUGCCGUCCAGGGCCUGUACAUCUUCUUAGUGUAUGCUGUUUACAACAGUGAGGUGAGGAAUGCCAUAAAGAGGAUCAAAGAAAAGAGGAAGGCCUUAUCUUUCACGAACUGUUCCCAGCCAACUAGCUUCCUACCUUCCCAGAGGGCCCCGAUUACCUCCUGGGGCCGCAAUCCACCGACCCCCUCCAGCCCUGAGACCAGUGAGACCUCUGGACCCACCAGCUCCACCUCUACAUCAUUGGUCAUCAAGAACGAGAGCUUCAGGAAGGAAAGCUUUGUGAGUUUCUCUUUAAAACCAGCAUCAGGAAACCAAGUGGUCCAGCUGACUGGGUUCAAGCCAUCAGGUUGUUGAACUGCAAAUGGAGUGGAUCCUGAUACUCAAUUACAAAAAGCAUGCACCGGCUGAAAGAAUGGACACACACAGAUCCCAUCUGAAGACGUACACACACACACGCACACGCACACACACUCUGCUGGGAAGGGGAGUGUGGAAUAAAAUAAGCAUGAUGGAAGGAUGAAGAAGUCUUACACUAUAACACAGUAUAAAGAGAAAGUCGCAAAUUUACCAGAGAAAAACACAGAACAAUAGUGUUGUUUGGAUGGAUGAGCCUCAUCACACCACAGGAGGCAAACUGGGUUUUCUCAGAUGUAUGACCUUGUAACCUCAGAGAAUAUUAAAGAGUGUUUUCUCUGAAUAUUACCCCCCUCAUCCAGCGCCGUCAUUUAUUUGUUUUUUUACCUAAAAUGGCCCUAAUACAAAAAAUGUCUUUUCAGAAUCAAAGUCCACAGACCUCACAGUGAACAGUUCUUACACAUUUAAAAACAAGAAACAUCAUUGUCACUUACACAGCAACCAGGUAUUGGAAAGACAUUUAGAUGCAUUUGACUACAAACACAGUUCUACAGGACAUCCAUGAUGGUGUCUUUGUGGUUGCUACAACAUUUUGGAAGCAACAGUUGGCAUCCCUUUAAUUUCCAUAAAAUGACAUGCACUAAUGGUCUCGCCAGCCGUUAUGUGUGAGGAAUAUUAAUAUUAAUGGUGGGCUUCAUUCUCACUCUUCUGUCCUCAUGUAUCAUGUAAAUAGCUAGUGUAGUGAUCCAAGCUUAACACAAAGAACAAAGGCCCAUGGCCCCUAAUAUGGCAAUAUGUUGUUAUAGUUCCAUCCAUCGUCUACCGCUUACCCGGGGUCGGGUCGCGGGGGCAGCAGCUCCAGUAGAGAACCCCAAACUUCCCUUUUCAGGGCCACAUCCGAGGCGUUCCCAGGCCAG